UUUCUACUUGCAGAGAGCCUUCAUGUGAGGUUCUUGCAUUAAUUAAGUCUCUGGUCCCUUAUUUAUAGAGGCACUUCUGCGCUUGGAAAUGCCAGUCAAUGUAAAUACACAUUUCCUAUCUUCACCAUUCAAUCUCCAUUGUCUUCCUAUACAUCUUCUGGUGCUCCUAAGAAAAUGGCAAAGCGGAUCCUCGCAUUGCCAAUCUUGCUACAAUUCUUCUGUUCCUUAGCUAUAAAUAUUAAUGCCUUUGCGGCUUCUGGGUGGACCAAGGGUCAUGCUACUUUUUAUGGAGGAAGUGAUGCUUCAGGAACUAUGGGUGGAGCUUGUGGAUAUGGUAACUUGUAUUCAACUGGCUAUGGAACCAGGACUGCUGCUUUAAGCACUGCUUUAUUCAAUGAUGGAGCUUCCUGUGGACAGUGCUACAAGAUCAUAUGUGAUUAUCUAACAGACCCCAGAUGGUGCAUUAAAGGCAGAUCUGUGACCAUUACUGCAACAAAUUUCUGUCCACCUAAUUUUGCUCUCCCAAACAACAACGGAGGCUGGUGCAACCCUCCCCUCCAGCAUUUCGAUAUGGCUCAGCCUGCAUGGGAAAAGAUUGGUAUUUACAGAGGUGGGAUCGUGCCUGUUUUGUUCCAAAGGGUUCCAUGCAAGAAGCAUGGUGGAGUUAGAUUCACCGUUAAUGGAAGAGACUAUUUCGAGCUUGUCUUGAUAAGCAAUGUGGCAGCGGCUGGAUCAAUCCAAUCUGUAUCCAUUAAAGGCUCAAAAACAGGGUGGAUGGCAAUGUCAAGAAACUGGGGUGCUAAUUGGCAGUCAAAUGCCUAUCUCAAUGGGCAAUCUUUAUCCUUCAGGGUCACAACUACUGAUGGGGAGACCAGAUUAUUCACAGACAUUGUACCAGCCAAUUGGGCAUUCGGCCAGACUUUCUCAAGCCCAGUACAAUUCUAAAAUUAAAUCAUCAGAGGCUUUGGAGUUCAGGGUUUGAUUUGGCAGAGGCGUGCUUAUAAUUUUACUAAAGCAGCCCGCCACUUUCUUUUCUGUUUCUCAUCGAAAGGGAUGAUUGCUAGGACAUAUCAGUUCUAGCUCUAAAAGUAUGAUCCAUGAACUCUAAAGCUACUACUCUACUAAGCUUUUGUGCCUUUCUAAACCAAGAAAGCACAGAGCUUGAUACACAAUAUUUGGUGAUAAUUUUCCAGAUUUUGCUGCAGAAUAAGAAGCGCAAUGAAAUUGCUGCAGAAUAAGAUUUUCUUUAUUUAUUUAUUUUUAAAAUUUACACUUCAUGUGCUUGUAAAAUGAACAGUUGUUAAGGUUAUCUUAUUUCUACUUAUAUUCUAUAUGCUGUGUUAUUAUAA